UUACUCCUCGCCCUGGGUAGUUGGCCAGCGCUCCGUGGAUCUUCUUCCUCCCUCUGCCCCCAUCUCGACCCAGCCCCCUCGCUCCGUGGAUCUUCUUCCUCCUCGCGCGAGCGCCGCCACCCAUCCCGCUGCCGAGCCCCCCUAGCUCGUCUUCCUCCUCGCGCGACCGCCUCCACGGCAGGUUGAUCUCCCCUUCGGUUCUCUCCGUUUCUCCUCCCAUCACCGCACGAACCCUUUAGCUCCCCGUUUCAUAAUCUUUCCCCAAUUCGUGACUGAGGCGAAAAUCAAGGUAGGGCGGCCGCCCUACCUUGCCCAACUGGGAUCUUUUGGAGUGGGGCGGUUUCUCCCCGGGAUCGCUGCCCCAUGGGAUGCGUCAGUUCGAAGCAAUUCCAUGGCGGCGACGAGCGUGGCGGGGAGGGGAAGCCUCGCCGGCGCCCGUCGAGCAACUCGCUGAGGCGUCUCGUUAGUUACAGCUCCAGCAAGAGGCAUGAGGAGUUGGAGGAGGAGGAUGAAGAAGCGGGGGUUGUGGCGGCCACUUCCUCGAGCGUUGGGCACCGUGUUGGGAAAGAUGCGAGCACGACGAGGCUGAUCCGGAAGCCCCCGGCGCCAGUGGUCGACGCAGUGGUGGCACUGCCGGAGGAGGCGGCGGCGGCGGCAGCGAAAGCGACAGCUGUUGGUGUGGUGGAUGUUGAGAGGGCAGUUGCAGCAUCUGGGAAUCGCAGGCGUGCUCCCAAUGGUGUGGCAGAGCAAGAACCGAGUAGGAGUGGUGGCAUCAGGAGUGAGGCGAAGCCGAGGAUCGCAGAUGUGCCAAAUGGAGUGCUGACGGAGCAUGUGGCGGCCGGCUGGCCGAGGUGGCUCACAGAGGUGGCCACAGAGGCGGUCCGUGGGUGGCAGCCUCGGAAGGCAGAAUCGUUCGAGAAGCUGGACAAGAUAGGGCAAGGUACCUACAGUAGUGUUUACAAAGCACGCGAUCUUGAGAAUGGAAAAAUUGUGGCACUUAAGAAAGUUCGGUUUGCCAAUAUGGAUCCUGAGAGUGUUCGAUUUAUGGCGAGGGAAAUUCACAUCUUAAGAAGACUUGAUCAUCCUAAUGUUGUUAAGCUUGAAGGUUUGGUGACGGCGCGCAUGUCUAGUAGCUUGUAUCUUGUAUUCGAAUACAUGGAGCACGAUCUUGCAGGGCUUGCAGCUACACCCGGCAUAAAAUUCACAGAGGCUCAGGUCAAGUGUUACAUGCAGCAGCUGCUUUCUGGACUUGACCACUGUCAUAAUCGUGGUGUUUUGCAUAGGGAUAUAAAGGGUGCUAAUCUUCUUCUUGAUAAUAAUGGUGCCCUCAAAAUAGCAGAUUUUGGUCUAGCUACAUUCUUUAAUCCGAACCAAAAGCAGAAUUUGACAAGUCGUGUCGUAACUUUAUGGUACCGUCCUCCGGAACUUCUGUUGGGUGCUACUAACUAUGGUGCCACUGUCGAUCUCUGGAGUGCUGGUUGCAUCCUGGCGGAGUUGCUGUCAGGGAAACCUAUCAUGCCAGGGCGAACCGAGGUGGAGCAGUUGCACAAAAUAUUCAAGCUUUGUGGUUCACCAUCAGAGGAGUUCUGGGUUAAUUUGAAGUUGUCGCGUGCUACCAUCUUCAAGCCACAACAUCCAUAUCGACGUGCUGUGAAUGAUGUAUAUAAGGAUUUCCCUCCUCCAGCUUUAACACUUCUGGACCGUUUACUUGCUGUAGAACCUGAUAAUAGGGGUACUGCGGCUUCUGCCCUUGAAAGUGAAUUCUUCACAACGAAACCUUAUGCCUGUGAUCCAUCAAGUCUACCGAAAUAUCCUCCAAGCAAGGAAUAUGAUGCUAAGCUCCGAGAUGAAGAAGCUAGGAGGCAAAGAGCAGCUGCAGUCAAAGGACAUGAAUCUGAAACAGGUCGUAGGAAGCAAUUUGCAGCACCAAAUGGCAAUAAUGAAUUGCAGCAUCGACGAGGUCAGGUUAAUUCAAAAGGCAGUAGUACUAAGCUUAUUCCAAAGGAGGAUGCUGUUACCGGCGUCCCGAUGGAUGCUCCGGGUGGAGCUGCAGACCCUCGUCGUGUUCCUUUGAUGAAUGCUGGUCGUUCAUCCUCUACUUUGGGCCGAUCUAGUGGAACGGAUCCGAAUGCCCAGCGAUUUUACACCUCUCAGAUUGCUGCUGCUGAGAUGUCGAACCCAUCUACUGCAACUGGGCAGCGAGGCAAUAGUGCUAAGCUGUCUAACCUUGGGGACAGCGCCAGGAAACACUAUUUAAGAGAGCACCGAUCGAGUUCAAGAUACAGUCAACUCACUGGUCCUGACCCCUCUGACAAACCCAAAUGGUCGCAGUCACAUCAAUUCCAAGAAAGACCAUCAUCUUCCCGUCGGAAGGAUGACGUGGUGGCAGAUAAGGAGCCUACAGCGGCAAAUGGCACUAAGAAGAACAGAAUCCACUACUCCGGACCAUUGAUGCCUCCCGGUGUAAACAUGGAAGAGAUCCUUAAAGAGCAUGAGCGGCAGAUCCAGCAAGCCGUGCGGAGGGCCCGUCUCGACAAGGGGAAGGGCAAGCACGCCGAGAGAGACCAACAGGAGUCGCUGCUGUACGCCGCCCAGAAUGGCCGGCUCGUCUCCUUCUACAUAACCCUCGGCGACCGCCCGGCCGCGCGCGCCGCCGUCGAGCAGGCCGCCGGGAAGGCGCGGGCUUUCCCCUGGAACCUGCUCAUAUGGGGCUACGCCGGCGACAGGCUGUGGAAGGACGUGAUCAUGGCGUAUGACAGGAUGGUGGCGUUGGGCGUGGACGCUGACAGGUUCACGUAUCCGUCUGUUUUGCGUGCUUGCGGCGAGCUUCGGGAGGUUUCUGUUGGCCGUAAGAUUAACCGGCGCAUUCGGAGGCGCAGACAUGAUCUGGACAUGCAUGUGUGGAAUGCUUUGGUGGGAAUGUAUGUCAAGUUCGGGGAGCUGGAGGAUGCACGGAGGGUGUUUGAUGGAAUGGCUGGGAGGGAUGUUGUUAGCUGGAACACAAUGGUGUCUGGUUAUGCGUCGACGGGGAUGUGGGGCGAAGCGUUCGAGCUACUUCAGCAGGUUCCUGGGGCGAACACUGUGACAUGGAAUGCAGUUGCAGCAGGGAAUUUGAAGGCGGGGAACUAUGAUGAAGUGUUCAGGUUGUUGUCUCAGAUGAGAAAUUGCCAUGGGCCAGGAGUGGAUUCUGUGAGCUUGCUGAUUGGCCUCAAAGCGUGUGGUAAGAGUGGGUCUCUGAGGGUUGGCAGGGAGGUUCAUGGUGUGGCUGUUCGUCUAUACUUUGAUGGGCUUGAGUGUGUGGUGAACUCACUGAUAACAAUGUAUUCAAGAUGCAGGAUAAUGAGCUCUGCUGAACUUCUGUUUAGAAUGUGCUUAGUUCGGAGCAUCAUAGCUUGGAAUUCGCUGCUAGUGGGAUUUGUAUUCAUGGACAAGGUUGAGGAAGCUUCUUCGCUCUUCAGAGAGAUGAUUGGCUCCGGUGUGUGUCCGAAUGAUGUUACUGUCUUAACUCUGGUCUCCCUUGCUGCACGGUUUGGACACCUUUGUCAUGGAAGGGAACUGCACUGCUACAUCCUUAGGCAUGGACUGGGUGGUUCUAAAUUAUUGCAAAACUCACUUGUCGACAUGUACUCGAAGUCUAGACACAUGACAGCUUCCCAGAGAGUAUUUGACCGGAUGGAACUUCGAGACAAGCAUGCCUACACUUCAUUGAUUCUGGGCUAUGGAAUGCAAAGAGAGGGGCAUGUAUCACUGAAGCUCUUUGAUGAGAUGAUAGCCAACUGUAUAGAGCCAGACCAUGUGACCAUGGUUGCUGCUCUUUCAGCAUGUAGCCACUCUGGACUGGUAACUCAAGGGCAGUUGCUUUUUACCAAGAUGUUUGCAGUAUUUGGCACUGCACCAAGAGUGGAGCAUUUCUCUUGCAUGGUUGAUCUGUACUGCCGUGAAGGGUUGCUGAAGAUGGCUGAGGAGAUAAUUGGCAAGAUGCAGUUCCAGCCAACUCCUGCAAUGUUGGCGACUCUUGUUGAGGCUUGCCUGAUACAUGGUAACAUAGAAAUUGGGGAACGAGCUGCAAAGAAGCUGCUGACAAUGAGGACAAACAAUCCUGGUCACUACAAAUUGAUUGCAAACAUGUAUAUAUUCGCAAAAUGUUGGCCAGAACUGGCUAAAGUUAGAUCAUUAAUGAGUACCAUUGAGCUAGCUAUGAUUCCAAGUCAUUCCUUGCUAGAGUCAGUAUAUGACAUAUGCCCGGGUGAGCAAGAUAAUUAUUUGAAGCAUGGUAUGUACUGUGGCUUGUCUGACCGGACAACAGAUACUGAUUCAUCUAGUAGUGAGGAAGUGAAGUGCAGUGAAGCUUUUGGCGGGUGAUAAAGCCAGAAUGUGAUAGGUUCUUCCCGGAUCUCUUUUUUGUUAAUAAGGCUUACAUAUUUGUUUCUAAUAUUUGUUCACUGUGAUGCAAAUGCUAAUUGAUUUCAUUUUCGGCU